GGGAAUUUCAAACCCAGCCAGCUUAGAUGGUGAGUUUUGAAAUUUUUUCGAAAUCCGCGCCCGUUCCGACCCACGUGAAAAUUGCUCCAAACUCCAAACACACAGGACUUAAUCCUCGUGUUUUGGAGAGGCCUUCUCCAAAUCACUUCGUCGCACAUCUGCGCUUCUUCUCAUUCUAUUAUUUCUUGCUUUCUUCUAUCACGAUUUCCAUUUUUAUGGACUUUUCAAUUUCUCUUACAAUUCUCUAGAAACUAAAGAAAAAAUGUGUACAAUGUUACUAUCUCAAUUGAGAAGGAGGCUUUGAUUUUGUUUAAAUUGAUAAAUGAUUCUGCUGUCGUCUUCUUCUUCUCCUGCGAGUUUCAAUAUCUCGCAGAAGGCUAUUGGUAUGUCACAGCUUUGGCCAUGUCAAACUUCUACUCAUCAAAAUCUAAACUUUCCUUUCUUCAAACAAAGAAGGAAAAAUAAUUGCUCCAGAAUAUUCAGUUUUCGCGCCUGUUUUAUCCCCGCCGAAAGCGGGAACGGUAGUUUGAGCCUUGGAUUCGCCGAUUCAAUGAGACGAGUCACUAGGAACAAUGUGGCUAAGCAAAUUUCAAACGAAUUGGAGACGGAAGAAUCUUCCUCAACGAUCCAAAUGGGUUCAAAUUACGCCAUUAUUCAAGAAGAUCCUAUUGUGAAUAAACUGAGAACUCAAUUAGGAGUAAUACAUCCAAUACCAUCGCCUGCAAUUAAUCGAAACGUUUUCGGCUUAUUUGUUUUCUUUUUCUUUGUUGGGGUAAUUUUCGAUAAAGUAUGGACUUCAAGCAAGAGAAACAGCAAACUGAGGAAUGCUGGGAAGCUACGUGGAGGGGCAUGGCCUCAGGUUCCUACUAGUUUAUCGUUGUUCUUGGAGAAGGAUUUGAAGAGAAAAGAGUCGGUGGAAUGGGUGAACAUGGUGUUGGGAAAGUUGUGGAAGGUUUAUAGAGGUGGAAUUGAGAAUUGGAUAAUUGGGUUGUUACAACCACUUAUUGAUGAUUUGAAGAAGCCUGAUUAUGUUGAAAGAGUUGAGAUUAAGCAGUUUUCAUUAGGAGAUGAGCCACUGUCUGUCAGAAAUGUUGAGCGUAGGACUUCACGUCGAGUUAAUGAUUUACAGUACCAAAUAGGCCUUCGUUAUACGGGUGGUGCUCGCAUGCUGUUAAUGCUCUCUCUAAAAUUUGGUAUUAUCCCCAUUGCUGUGCCUGUUGGUGUGCGGGAUUUUGACAUUGAUGGGGAACUAUGGGUUAAACUGCGAUUGAUACCAACAGAGCCUUGGGUGGGAGCUGUUUCAUGGGCUUUUGUUUCACUUCCCAAGAUCAAAUUUGAGUUGUCUCUUUUCCGCUUCUCUAAUUUAAUGGCAAUUCCUGUUCUGUCAAUGUUUCUGACUAAACUUUUCACAGAAGAUUUGCCUCAAUUGUUUGUACGUCCAAAGAAGAUUUUUUUAGAUUUCCAGGAAGGAAAAGCAGUUGGCCCUGUAGCUAAUGAUUUCAAAUCAGGAGAAGUACAAGAAGGGAACAAGGAUUUUGUUGGAGAACUAUCAGUGACCCUUGUAGAUGCUCGAAAACUUUUUUAUGUUUAUGGCAAAACAGAUCCAUAUGUUGUUCUGAGCUUGGGGGAUCAAAUUAUACGUAGUAAAAAGAACAGUCAAACAACUGUCACUGGGCCACCUGGGGAGCCAAUAUGGAAUCAAGAUUUUCAUUUGCUUGUUGCAGACCCUAGAAAACAAAAAUUAUACAUCCAAGUAAAGGAUUCUCUUGGUUUUACAAAUUUGACAAUUGGUACAGGAGAGGUUGAUCUGGGCUCUCUUCAAGACACUGUGCCUACAGACAGAAUUGUUGUUCUGCGAGGAGGUUGGGGAUUGUUCAGCAGGGGGUCUUCUGGAGAGUUAUUACUUCGACUUACAUAUAAAGCAUACGUCGAGGAUGAAGAAGAUGACACAACUGGAGCAGAAUCCAUUGAUGCAGAUGAUUCAGAUGAUGAUGAGUUGUCUAAUUCUGUUGAUUUAGAGGCUUCUCAUGUACUAGGUGAAAGAGAUUUUUCAAAUGAAACCAAUAAGGAGUCAUUUAUGGAUGUUUUAGCCGCUUUAAUUGUGAGUGAGGAAUUUCAAGGAAUAGUCUCAUCUGAAAGUGGAAAUAACAAAAGUUUGGAAGAUGUCUCAAGUAAAGGGUCUACAAUAUUGAGAUCACGUGGUCCUAAUGCUGAAUCUUUGACAUCAGAUUCAGAUGUGACUUCCGGAGGAUCGACCCUUUUUUGGUUUGCUGUAGUAACAAGUAUAUUAGUGCUAAUUGCUAUCAAUACGAGUGGCGCAAGUUUCUUCAACCCUUGAAAUGACUUGUCAGAACUUGCUUCUUGCACCGUAUGACCAAUGGCUUGCUGAAAAAUUACUCGGAGACUUCAGUCAUUUUGUGAUGCAACCCAUGGUUGACAGCUUAGAAAUUUCAUCUCAAGGUUUGGUAACAGUAUAAGCCGAGUAGUCAUAAGAGAUGGCUGACAUUGUGGAUUGGAUUCUAUUUUUUGUUGUGCAUUUUUUUAACUUUAGGCAGAGGAAUGUAUAUGGGCGGCUGAGUUGUUUUUAGGGUCAAAUCCCAGGAAUUUUUGGCUUCUUGUUUAUCCAAGCCAUUAAAUUUGCAUUGUUUGUUCAUAUGAAAUGUGUAAUAAUAGUUUUUCAUUUCUUUUCUCCUUACAAACAAAA